GUCACGCGGUGGGGACCUCGAGGAGGAAGGAUGGCCGGCGCCCUGCGGAGCCGAGAUGAGCUCCGGGGGCCGAGGACCCUGCGCUGACAUGCCGCGUCCCUGGGCCCGGGACCAGACCUGAGGUUCCCCCCGGUCCCCGCGCCCCAGUCCGCUGCCUCCUCCGCGCGCCCGGGGGCCGCAGAGAUGGCCAGGCCUGAGGUGGUUGUAGGCAGCUGCAGCUCUCGGGAAGACACCAGCCACUGCACUUUCGGCCAGCACGCAUCCCCCUCUGAGCAGCUGCUGGUAGAAGACCAGAUGAGGCGGAAGCUCAAAUUUUUCUUCAUGAAUCCUUGUGAGAAGUUCUGGGCUCGAGGUAGAAAGCCGUGGAAACUUGGCAUACAAAUUCUCAAAAUCGCCACGGUGACUAUCCAGCUUGUCCUUUUUGGACUAAGUAACCAGAUGGUGGUAGCUUUCAAAGAAGAGAACACUAUAGCCUUCAAACACCUCUUUCUAAAAGGAUACAUGGACCGAAUGGAUGACACCUAUGCAGUAUACACACAAAACGAAGUGUAUGAUCAGAUCAUCUUUGCAGUGAACCAGUAUUUGCAGCUCCGCAACAUCUCUGCUGGGAAUCACGCUUAUGAGAACAAGGGCAUGAAGCAGUCCGCCAUGGCCAUCUGUCAGCAUUUCUACAAGAGCGGGAACAUCUGUCCUGGGAAUGACACUUUCGAUAUUGAUCCGGAAAUUGAGACAGAAUGUUUCUUUAUAGAGCCAGAUGAACAUUCUCAUAUUGGAACACUGGAAGCAAAUAAUCUCAACUUGACCCUGGACUUCCACAGACUCCUCACGGUGGAGCUGCAGUUUAAGCUGAAGGCCAUCAAUCUUCAGACGGUUCGCCACCAGGAGCUCCCGGACUGCUACGACUUCACCCUGACAAUAACAUUUGACAACAAGGCUCAUAGUGGAAGAAUUAAAAUAAGCUUAGAUAAUGACAUCUCUAUCAGAGAGUGCAAAGACUGGCACAUAUCUGGAUCAAUUCAGAAGAAUACUCACUACAUGAUGAUCUUUGACGCCUUCGUCAUCCUGACCUGCCUGACCUCCUUGGUCCUCUGCGCCCGCUCUGUGGUUAGAGGACUUAAGCUUCAGCAGGAAUUCGUCAACUUCUUCCUUCUUCAUUAUAAGAAGGAAGUCUCCAUAUCUGACCAGAUGGAAUUUGUCAAUGGAUGGUAUAUUGUGAUUAUUAUUAGUGACAUACUGACAAUCAUUGGCUCAAUUCUGAAGAUGGAAAUUCAAGCUAAGAGCCUCACAAGUUAUGAUGUCUGUAGCAUAUUUCUGGGGACUUCCACAAUGCUCGUGUGGCUCGGUGUGAUCCGGUACCUGGGUUUCUUUGAGAAGUACAAUCUCCUGAUCCUGACGCUCCAGGCGGCGCUGCCCAAUGUCAUGAGGUUCUGCUGCUGCGCUGCUAUGAUCUAUUUAGGGUACUGCUUCUGCGGAUGGAUAGUUCUGGGGCCUUACCAUGAUAAGUUCCGUUCUCUGAACAGGGUCUCCGAGUGCCUUUUCUCUCUGAUCAAUGGAGAUGACAUGUUUGCCACUUUUGCAAGAAUGCAGCAGAAGAGUUACCUGGUCUGGCUCUUCAGUAGAAUUUACCUCUAUUCAUUCAUCAGCCUCUUCAUCUACAUGAUUCUCAGCCUGUUCAUCGCGCUGAUCACUGACACGUAUGAGACGAUCAAGCACUACCAACGGAAUGGCUUCCCAGAGACUGAACUUCGAAAGUUUAUAUCAGAAUGCAAAGAUCUACCCAAUUCUGGAAAAUACCGAUUAGAAGAUGACCCUUCGGGAUCUUUAUUCUGCUGCUGCAAAAAAUAGCUGUAAGGUUCCCCUGGAGGGGAAACUAGAGCCGCUGAGUUGGAAGCUUUGUGGGUAUUUGGGUAUCAGGCCUAGUAUGUUCACAGGCUAAUAAUUUGAGUGAAUGGAUGGCUAUGAUGCAUCAAGAACUGUCUCCAUUUUGAUAAACCAUACUUAAAUGUU